UUAGAUUAUCGAGAGGUCACCAUGAAACCGUUUCUUUUUCUGUUUCUCCUGGAAAUACACGGCACGGUGGGAUCGACUCACUCUCUGAGAUAUUUCUACACUUCUUCCUCUGGAGUCUCAAACUUUCCAGAGUUUGUAGCUGUUGGUUUGGUUGAUGAAGUUCAGAUGAUUCACUAUGACAGCAACACACAGAAAGCAGAGUUUAAGCAGCAGUGGAUGGAGAAAGCUGCAGAAGAUGAUCCACAGUAUUUGUCCCGCCAGACUAACAGGCUCAUGAACAGCCAGCAGGUCUUUAAAGGCAACAUCGACACUUUGAAGCAGCGAUUCAACCAAACUGGAGGUGUUCACAUUAACCAGAUGAUAAUGUAUGGCUGUGAAUGGGAUAAUGAAACUGGAAAGGUUAAAGGUUAUGAUCAGCAUGGCUAUGAUGGAGAAGACUUUGUGGCGCUUGACCUGGACACAGAGACGUGGAUCGCUCCAACACCUCAGGCUGUCACCACCAAAAUGAAGUGGGAUAAGAACAGGGCUCUGAUUGCUCAGAAAAAGAACUACCUCACCCAGGAGUGUCCUGAGUGGCUGAAGAAGUAUGUGAACUAUGGGAGGAGCUCUCUGAUGAAAAACAGCAUCUAUCUUCUCUUCUCUCCAGUUCUUCCCUCACUGUCUCUCCUCCAGAAGACUCCCUCCUCUCCGGUCACCUGUCACGCUACAGGUUUCAAUCCUAACAGAGCUGAAUUGGUUUGGAGGAAAGAUGGAGUGGAGCUUCAUGAGGGUGUGAACAAAGGAGAGAUCCUUCCCAUCAAUGAUGGCAACUUUCAGAUGAGUGUUAAUCUGGAUCUUUCAUCAGUCAGACCUGAAGACUGGCAGAGGUACAACUGUGUGUUUCAGUUCUCUGGUGUGAACGAGGACAUCGUUACCAAACUGGACAAAGCCAUGAUCCGGACCAACAAGGGUAAAAGAAAGUCCCUUGCAAUCCUGAUCACCAUUGCAACGCUUGUUCUUGCUGUAAUUACUUUCAUUGUCUACAAAAAGAGAACAGAAAAACAUCCCCCAUCUCCUGUAGAGAACACUGAGAUACAGGAGCAAGUGAUUCCUAAAGCCUAA